AUGGACAUUAUUUUUGGCAACAAUGAACCUCCGAGUUUUGUUACGAAAGAAGAUUUUUUGGUUUCAUCAACUCUUAUUUUGGAUGCAAAAUAUGGGCGUAACAUGAAUUUUAGAAAGGAACGUGUAAAAGCUUACUUGUUUUACAAUAUGUGGCACCAAAGGGCACUUUUAUAUUUGUCUUUGUUUAUAAACUUAGCACUUGCUAUUUUUGAAAAACCUGCAGUACCUAAUUUUGAAUUAUCUACUUGGGCCACUAUGCUUAUUGAAUUUCUGUGUCUUCUCUUCUUUAUUUUCCGAAUCAUUCACACAGCAUAUGUUGAAAAAAUGGAAAAUUUUUGUUUGGAUAGAAAGUACAUAAUUGUUAUAAUAAUAAUUGUGCUAACCAUAUUAGAUAUGUUAUGUUACAUUGUAUGGAUAGUUACUGAGCCAAGAGCCAAUGUUAUUAGAUGGUCAAGGUCAUUAAGACCAUUUCUUUGUGUUAAUUUUCCAGAAGGCCGACAGGUCCGUCAAGCAUUCAGAAACAUUAGGAGAUCAUUACCUGAAGUAUUCAACAUUUUUAUUUUAUUUACAUUAACUCUUUGCCUGUUUGCACUUUUGGCAUUAAAACUCUAUUCUUCCAAGAAUCUAUAUUUUCCUGAUGGCACGCCAUACUUUCAGUACUACAUUGAUGCAGUAUGGCAGUUAUAUAUAUUGGUAACCACUGCCAAUAACCCUGAUGUUAUGAUGCCAGCAUAUGAUUAUAGUAAUUGGUGGGCACUCUUUUUUGUGGUUGUUAUCAUUGUCUUACUCUAUACUUUCAUGAGUAUUGUACUUGCUGCAAUAUACAAUUCCUAUCGAGAUAAUCUGAAGAAUGAAGUAAAGGAAGUUAUCUAUGCAAAAAGAAGAAAAUUGACAGACGCUUUUGAAAUUCUUCAGGAAAAGAAACAUGGUCAUUAUGUCAUAACAAAAAAUUGCUGGAUGGAAUUAAUGAAGUAUGUGGUUCCUAAACGUAGUGUCAAACAACAUGAAUUGUUACUUCAUGUUUUGGAUCAAGAUCAAAAUAAUUCUGUUAAAAAAACACAAUUUUUAUAUUUGGCUGAUUUACUUAUGUUGCCCCUGACAGAAGUUUGGGAUCGAAUGACUUUACUUGAAAAAUAUUUUCCCAGGCUUUACAACUCACCUAUUAGCUCUGUUAUCAAGACUAUUGUGAAACACAGAUUUUUUCGAUGGUUUUUUGAUAUAUUGAUUUUUAUCAAUGCAUGGAUCAUUGGAUUCAGUAUUAAAGAAGCAGAUUGGUUUUUCUUAUCCAUUUUCUUCUUGGAGAUUCUCUUUAAACUGUAUACAUUUGGAGGUGUUAAAUUUUUCAAACAGUUUUGGAAUAUGUUUGAUUUUUUUGUUGUUGUUGGAGCCUUGAUUCUAACUACUUAUAACUAUAUAGAAAAUAAAGUAAAAGAUGACUCUUAUAUACUGGAUUUGUUUCUUGUGAUGAGAGUUUUGCGCCUGUUCAGGACAUUUGCCAGCAUUAAGAGAUUUCGUCUCAUAAUCAUGACCAUUGUGAACAUAACACCCUCAAUAUUCACUUAUGGAGCUGUGAUGCUUGUAUUUUAUUAUUUCUAUGCAGUAAUUGGAAUGGAAAUAUUCCAUGCUGCACGCCUCUACUUCUUGACAUUCCAUAUCUGUUGUGUUGUCAUUGUCCUCAAUAUCUUUACUGCUUUUAUUUUGGAGGCAUUUGUUUUAGAGUACACUCUCAGCAAAGGGAGAAAACUGGAGACUGUUUUAGAGAGAACACUUAAAAAACUUGGAUUUGGAAUAAGAGGGAGUUCUGAUAAACCAUUUACUUCUGAUGAUAGCGACUCUGAUUUGGAAAGUAUACCUGAUAACACUUCUGCAAAAGGACUGCAAUUUCAUAUAAAAAAGAAGAGUAAGAAAACCAUGCACAUGAUGUUGCAGGAAAUGUUUGAGGAAGAAAUUGAAAUGGAAAAGUUUUAG